CAUAUUUAACUAGUUCUUGAGCGAGGGACAUAAAACAGUGUUGGAGACCGGUGCGAGUGAGGGGAGGUGGCUCGGUCGUCUCAACGUCGCUCUGCCACUGCGCCACAUCCAGAACUGUAGCGAAAUGGUGAGGGCAAGCUUAGGGCUUCUCAAAGAUGCAGGGAAUGGGCUCUCCAUGACUCUCAGAGAGAUGCUGGUCUGCCCACUCUCCAAGCAACCCUUAAGAUAUUGGGAGGAAACGAAUUCUCUAAUCAUUGACGCCAUUGGCGUUUCUUUUCCUAUAAAGGAUGGGAUUCCUUGCUUGGUCCCAAAGGAUGGCAAGAUAAUCGAAGCUGAUGAGAUGCCGAAAACCAAUGAUGCAGCUGAUUUGUCUUCGAAAAAUGAGUAAUAAUGAGGUGGUAGUCCUUAUGUAUGAUAGUGGGGGUUGGCCCCCAAAUAGAACUGCCAUUGUCAGGUUUAGGUGAAUGCCUUCUUAUAUAUCUAAGCUGCAGCUUUGUAUUUAUGCAAGCAAUUCUUAAAAUGAUCUUGUUUCUUUUGUUAAGAUAAGCCAUUGAGCAGUAGAUUUGUUUUGUUUGUUACUUCAGCAUCCGAAAUUCUCUCAAAUAAAAGGAGGUAUAUUUUUGCGCUGCAA